ACGUAAAUAACUGACUGAGACUACGUCUUAAUUUUUUAUUCGACUGUUCAAAACUACGUGAUCAACAAUAUAAAAGGAACGUCGUAUUAAAAUGGAUGUGGAAACAGUGCAAGUCAAACUGAUUCCCAAUGGUUACGGCGGGAAAGAGAAUGCUUCAAAUGAAUGUAUAGAAAAAGAGGCCCUGCGGAAUAACAAGCCAGCGAAAACACGUUAUGAACGCUGUCUGGAUACUAAAACAUGCAAAGCCCUCCCCAUCGUUGUAUCAACCAUCUCUAUCAUCGUCUGUGUUGUGUGCAUCGUUUUUUUACACACAUUUUCCCAAGACGAUGAUAUUAAAAAGGUGUUUACCCCCACGUGCGUCAGGAGUGAGCUGUUCAAUAAAUUCAACCACCCAGAACUUAGAAAACUUCUCGAGACCUUGCAACGACGGACAGAAAACACAACUGAUAAUCAAAUUGAAAUGCUGUGUGCCCUAGAUGAGAAACAGUUGUCUAAUCUUGUGAGGCUGUACUUGCUCACAGGUACUGAGGAAGCUGUGUCUUCAGCUUUGCCGCCUGUUAAGGACCCUAAAAACUUCUCCAUGGGUGACGCCUCCAUACACAGAAAAUUAUUGCCUUCUUUUUUCCAAGAGGAUGAACAUCUUGACAAGCCCGUAUUUGACCCCCACGAAAGCUUCCAGCUGUAUUUCGCGCCAGAAGAAGACAACCCCCUUCUGGAACACACCAGAAACGUCGAGCUACUGACGUCAGAGACUGUGAUACAAAAAUCUGGGCUGUAUCUCGUCUACAGUAGCGUCCACUUCAAGCCAGAUUCAGCGUUACCGUGUAAUCACUUUGACCAAAAGAUCUGGAGCCACAACAUCACCAGAACCCGAGAGAACAUUCCAGAAUAUUCAGGUGUGCUCCUGACAUCUUCACACACCUGCUGUGAUAAUUGUGUUAGAAAUCAGGAGACAAGCUACACAGCUGGAGUUUUCUUCCUCCACAAGAACGACCAACUUAGAGUUGAGGUCUCCGGUCGUGGACUGGUCAGCUACAGGCCACAGUCCACAUUUUUUGGGAUGGCCAAGUUGGGGAAAAUCGAUGUUUGAACUUUAUUCAUUAAUUUGAUUUGAUUGAACAUUUAAUUAGUGACGCGUUAAUAUUACAUGUGGACAAAGUAUGAUAGACACAUUAUCUGUUCAAUUAAUUAUAUUAGAAAUUCAAAAUAUUGCAGUUAGUUUCUUUUAUUAUAAAACGUCUAUAUUUUAUUAAAAUUUUAUAUGAAGUCUUAAUUAAUUCUUUCUUAUAAUAUAAAAGUAGACUGAGAUGACAGUGUAGUAGUUACCAUUCGGGGUAGUACCAGUUCGAUACACAUCACGUUCAUCUUAAUUUUUUUUGUUUUGUUUUAAUUUUUGUGUUUUAAUUUUUAAUGCACAUUGGGAAAUCACCACACAUGCGAUUAAUUCUCAUUGAUUAUUAUUAGUUUUAAGGUAGUUUUAAUCAUUUAUUCUUUUAUUAUUCAAAUGAGGUUUGUGCUCAGAAAAUAUUGUAGAGAGAAUAUCGAUGUUUUUAAAAGACAGAAAAAUGUAAGUUGAUGUGUGACUUUUUAAGAUGUCAAUGAUAAAGUUGCCCUUUUGGACGUGGUGAGACACGGAGCAGGUGAAGCAGAGUUAAUCUGUUUUUGUUACCUCAUCAUAUGAAGGGAUAGUGUGGUCAGACCCCAUGCUCAGCCUAAAUCGGUGUUUUUAAAAAGGGAAAAACAUGUCUGAGGUGUGACGUCUUUUUAAAUGUUGGGUCUGACUUUUUGUGACGGUGUGUGAAGUAAGGAGGAGAGGGGAAAGAUAAAAAUCGUCAAAA